AGAAAAACUGAAAUGUUGCGGAUGUGUUCCAGUCCCGCAACCCGGAGCCGUGUUAGUUGCUUCUCAGUGUCGCCAGGACUCCAUCCGGAGAAGGUGUGCCUGCUGUACCUCCUCCAUCUGGAUCCCUGGUGUUGUUGGCCCGGAUUCGGGUCCGGAGCAUUUCUCCGGCCGCGUUGCUCACCAGACUGCCUGGCCUCUUCUCUGUUGAAGCUCUCAUUUAAUAUGGAAGAAGAUGAAUUCUUUGGAGAAAAAACAUUCCAAUAUUAUUGUGCAGAAUUUAUUAAACAUUCACAGCAGAUAGGUGAUGGUUGGGAAUGGAGAACUUCAAAGGACUGUUCUGAUGGCUACAUGUGCAAAACACACUUUCAAACCAGGGCGUCACCUUUAGAAAAAUCUGCCCCUGGGCAGGCAUCUCUUCCCAUGGAGGAGGCUUUAGAGCUGCCGUUGGAUGAUUCUGAAGUGACCGAGACUCCAGCAGCCAUGGAAGUGAUCAAAUAUGAGUAUCAUGUCCUCUAUUCCUGUAGCUACCAAGCGCCGGUGCUUUACUUUAGGGCAAGCUUUUUAGAUGGAAGACCGUUGACUCUGAAGGACAUUUGGGAAGGAGUUCAUGAGUGCUAUAAGACACGGCUGCAGCAGGGACCAUGGGAGACAAUUACUCAACAGGAACACCCAAUACUCGGGCAACCCUUUUUUGUACUUCAUCCCUGCAAGACGAAUGAAUUCAUGAUGCCCGUGUUAAAGAAUUCCCGGAAAAUCAAUAGCAACGUCAACUACAUCACAUCAUGGCUGAGCAUCGUGGGACCAGUCGUGGGGCUCAGUCUACCUCUGAGUUAUGCAGGAGCCACCCCUCAGGAUGAAUGAAAUGUUGGUGCACAAGGUAGAUUCUUCUACUGAGCCCAGGAUCUUAGAAAUUCCAGCAUGAAAAACACCAAGAGUUUACCUGGUCUGCCCUGGCUUAAUAGGACCAAAGCCUCUGCAAUAUUUCAACUCUCCAAGAUUGCAACAUAGAUUUUUGUUUUCCCUUGAAGCAAAUGUCUGCUGCAACUGAUAUACUGUAUGUUUGGAAGAAAUGCCUCAAAGACACAAAUAUAAUUUUUGCUAUAAAUAGCUGAAAAUGAGUCUAACUCAAUGAUAGAAACACUGACAUCAUCAGGGUGCUUCCGGGUCAUUCUUUUCUGGGCCAAGCACUUCACAUCUCAUUUUCUGAUAUGCAGGUUGGUAGAGAAAUGAACUUGUGGGAUAAUUUUAAUAUAAGAUGUAUGAAAAUUAAAAUAUAGGAUUUACAUGUCCCCAGAAGCAAUGUCAUAAACAUGAUUUUGCUUAAAUUACUGUACCACAGUCACACCCAGAAACAAUGGAUUAUUCUGUGUAACUCCAGAAACACAUGCUUGUGCAUGUGUGUGUAGAUAAAGGAAAAGACAACAUUUUAUUAUUUAUGAGAUCAUGUUCUUUCAUUAGGUGGCUGGAGCAAUAGCACAGUGGGUAAGGCGUUUGCCUUGCAUGAGGCCAAACCGGGUUCUAUUCCUCCGUCCCUCUCAGAGAGCCUGGCAAGCUACUGAGAGUAUCCCACCUCCAUGGCAGAGCUUGGCAAGCUACUCAUGGCGUAUUUGAUAUGCCAAAAACAGUAACAACAAGUCUCACAAUGGAGACAUAACUGGUGCUGCUCGAGCAAAUCGAUGAACAAUGGGACAACAAUGCUGCGGUACUAGAGUUCUUUCAUAAGCAAAAGAUUUGGUUUUUUGUUUUUAAUUGUUGCUUUUGUUUGUUUCUGUUUGUGGGUCACAUCCAGCUCUAUAUCACGGAUCAUUCCUGGUGGUGCUUAGGGGUCCAUGUGAUACUGGGGAUGAAAACAGUAUCAGCUGAAUGAGAGGCAAGCACUUCACCUCUGUACUAUUUCUUCAACUCCUAAGCAAAUGUAUUAAGGUAGACCUAAUAUGGCAACAUUUUCUGUUCUGGUUGACUUUUCUGUUUGUUUGUUAAUUCAGUUUGAUUUGGGAGCCUUACCCAGCAGUCAUGAGGGGAUUUUUCUGACUCUGUGGUCAGGAGUGACGACUGGUGGUGCUCAGGAAACCAGAUACUUGGUACUGGGGAUUGAACCAGAGCUGGCGACAUGCAAGGCAAGCAAUUUGUUCACUGUACUAUCUCUUCAGCUAUCAUUUUUUUUUUUUUUUGCUUUUUGGGUCACACCCAGCGAUGCUCAGGGGUUACUCCUGGCUCUGCACUCAGGAAUUACUCCUGGCGGUGCUUGGGGGACCAUAUGGGAUGCCGGGGAUCGAACCCGGGUCGGCCGCGUGCAAGGCAAACGCCCUACCCGUUGUGCUAUCGCUCCGGCCCCCAGCUAUCAUUUUUUUUAAGUUAAUAUUUUUAUGGUGUAGAUAACAUGAUUAUAGUGAUGUUGACAUUUAUGGUUUUGAUGUACAAAGCUACUGCACCUUCAUCAUCACCAAAGUGCACAUGACCUUCCUCCAUUGUCACUGUGUCACCUCUGGUCCACCUUUUCCCUCUCUCCCAUACCCCCACCCACAUCACCAACCCCUAUCCCCAACUGGUUGUAAUCUAAAUUUUUUAAUUCAAGGCCAACAAAGUUGGGUUCCUUGAGUUUUUGUUGUUGUUGUUUUUCAUUUUAAUUUGACAGGAGCUAAAGCAAUGAGAAAAAUGUAGCUGCUUUGGGGAUGGUGGAUUAGCAUCUGUCAAUGAGAGAUGGACCUUAAAGUCACUUGAGGGUCUGUAACACGUUGCUUUAGGAGAAAUGCUAGGACAGCAACUCCCAUACCCCUCCUGGGUCACACGCACACCCACCCACUCACACACACACACACACACACACACACACACACACACACACAUGCACACACAUGCACACACUCCUGGAUACCAUCUAAUCUGGAUGCCUCUCACUGUGGCAUACAUCUGUGUGGUUUUGGUCCCUAAAACAGGCCUUUUGCAAUUCUGUGCAUGGCCUCAGCAAAAGACUUGAGAGAUAGUAGGGUGGUAAGGCACUUGCCUUGCAUUCCUCUGACCUUGGUUCUCUCCCCAGCACUGCAUGUGGUUUCCUGGACACUGCCAGCAGUGAACUCUGAACACAAAGAUAGGAAUAGCCUCUGAGAACCCCUGGGGUGGCUCAAAAUAACUUCCUGCGCCUCCUCACCAUAACCUCCCCCCUUCCCGCUGCCCACCUACCGCCACCCAAGUUAGCCCCAACCAGCUGGACUUCCUUGUUCACAUGUGUCCCAGCAUCAUCACCCGAGACCCCUGGAGAAUAAGGAAUUUAGGCCUCAGUGUUCCCAGGAGGCCAAGAAGUGGGAAGCAGACAGAGUUAGCCCAGGCCCCUGACAGUGCUUCCCGGAGUCUGUAGGUUAAGGGCUGAGCUUCACUCAGGGAACAGAAGUUGAGAGCGGGUUAAUUCAGACUGCUGGGAAAGCUAAAAGUAAAUUUUAAAAUGCUGAGCUGCACACAUUCAUGUUGGAUGAGAAGCUGCCUCCAUGCUCGCUGGGCAUUUUGGUAUUUACCAGUUCACAUCUUUGCAAUUUCCACAAGGGAUUUCCCCCUCCUCUCCCUAAUGUAAAUACACAUUUCUCAGCAAGUCCUUUCUCAAGUUGUGUCACUUCUGGGGUGAAAAAUAAUAAUAAUAAUGCAAGAACUUAACAAUAGCAUGUCAUUUGGAUGAUGUACAUGUAUGGAGGUAUUAGUUAGGCUUUGCUAACAGAUUCUGAGAUGAGAGUCUUUCAGUUGGGAUCUAGUGUAUUUAUAGCUGUUUUAGAGAGUUAACAUUUUCCUCCUAAUUGAUGAAGACCUGAAAAUGUGUCAGUGGCAGAAAAAAUAUAAGUUGCUCAGUCAACCCUCAUCAGUUCACUCUUUUUUUUAACUCCACCCAGAAUGUUUUGGUGGUCAUUUUGUUUGUUUGUUUUUGUUCUGCUCGGUUUGAUCAAUUUAGUUUUGGUGCUCAGGCAUUACUUUUGGCUCCACACUCAGGGGUUACUCCUGACAGGGUUUGGGAGACCAUUCAGGGUGCCGGAGAGUGAAUCCAGGUCAGCUGUCAGGUUUGCGUCAAGAAUCCUACUCCAUGUAUUAUCUAUCACUCCAGUCCCAGAAUGUUUUUUUAACAAACUUUUAAUUGGCAGUUGAUUGGAAAUAUAUUUACAUUGUUUUGAUCAUGUGUAUGGAUCACAUUGUUAUCCCGGUGGUUAUAAAAUAUUGGAAAAUGCUUUGUUGGGUUAAAGAACAGUUCAUUCUCCACAUUAUGAAGAUGUUUCCUCCUAGUCUCCUGUCCAGGGCUUUCAGUGCAAAGCCUUUUAGUCAGAAAUAAGGCCGGUUAAAGCUACAAGCAGCCAAUCUCCUUAAUUCUGCUUUUGUCUGGCUUUGGAAAAAUUCAUCUCAUCUUCCUGGCCCUCUGUUUGCUCAUUGACAAAAUGAAGCAAUUCAACCCUCUGACUUCCCCGACUCUGAUUCGUGGAUCUGUGAAAAGGGGAGUCGAAAGCUCUAGACAAGUCUGGCUCACUGCUAAUGGUGUGUGACUUCGCUAAUUUUCUUAAUCUCCUUGAGUCUUUUACCAUUGCUACUUUGGGGAGGAAAAGCCUAUAAUAUCCUCCCCACCUGACAAGGACAUGGGAAAGAUGAGAACAGUAAAUAAGCUUUAGUGUCUCACCACCAGUGCUAGGGGAAGCGGUCAUUACCCUAUCAGGUUAGAACCCUAGCCCCCAGCCUGGCUCCUGCCUGAAGCCCCACAAGGCCAGGCAAGUAUUGAUUUGGAGCUGGAGAAAUUGCAUAAGGCAUUUGUUUUGCUUGUGACUGACCCUGGUUCCAAUUUCAGCACCACAUGGUCCCCUGAACACCGCUGGAAGUGCCUCCCAUGCAGAACUGGGAGUAGCUGUUCCCUGAACAGCAACAGGUGUGGCCCAGUUCCCCUAAAUAAAACAAACAUAACCCCCAAAAAGCUUAAUUUCAGGGCAGAGAGAUAGAACAAGGGGUAAUGUGCUUGUUUUGCAUGCAGCCAAACCAGUUUUGCUCCCUGGUACUACACACACACACACACACACACACACACACACACACACACACACACACGAUCCCUUGAGCAUUAUUAGGAAUUAGAUCUGCGCAUCACUAUGUGUGCCCUGCCCAGCCCCCCAAACCAAAACAAAAUCAGAAAAACAUGUGUUGAUCUUAAGUACAAAGCCUACAAGCAGAGUUUGCAAUAACAAAGCCUUUAAAAUAGAAAUAAAGGAGAAGUCAGAAACAAAUUUUGCAUCUAUUUCUCCCGACCCCUGAGUUGUUUGGAGAUCUGCAUGGUCAGAAGCAACUCUUCCCUAAGUCCCAGAGCAGAUAUGCUCGUGCGCUGAGAUAGGGGGUGCUACCGGAUUAAAAUGUGCAGGUAAAAACCACAGCACCCAAAAGGAGAGAGCAAAAGGGAAUGCCCUGCCACAGAGGCAGGGUGGGGUGGGGAUGCAAGGAGGGAUGCUGGGACCACUGGUGGUGGAAAGUGGGCACUGGUGGCAGGAUGGGCACUCGACCACUGUAUACCUGAAAUGCAAGCACAAAAGUUUUAAGUCUGUAACUGUACCUCAUGGUGAUUCACUAAUAAAAACUUUUAAAAAGAUGUGCAGGUGAAACAAUGCCAAUACCCUCUUCGUGAGCUCCUGUUAAGUGUGGGUGGUGUGGAGAGCAAACCAGAAGCUGGAUCCUGGCUCUCAGAGUGCCUGUGUCCUGCGGAGCAGACAGACAAGAUUCCGGGCAGCAGGAUACAUCAUGGAAAGCAUCUCCCGGGGAAGGUUUGCACAGGGUGACAUGAGUGGAGUCCCCAGAAAGGCAGGAUUUCAAACAGGUGAAGCAUGCGGAAGGAGAAGCCAAGGUAUAGCUCGGUGGCAAAAGUACCAGCCUUGCAGGCAUGGGUCUGUGAGUCCAAUCUCACGCCACAUGUCCAACACAAUUACGACGACACAACAAAAAUAUUGUGUGACCUCUGGCAAACUGCAGCCAAGUGUGUGAGCACUGACGUGUGUGCUCCUGGGGGCGGAGAGGAGGCAUGUGUGCACCAACACAACCAAGUGUGAUCCUGUCAGGCGCCACUAUCAAGUGUGUGAGCAACUGGAUGGGAGCAACUCCUGGUCUUCAGAUUAGACAGAAGGGAAGGAAAGGAGAUUUUUUUUUAAUUUAUUUAUUAGUGAGUCACAGUGAGGGUACAGUUACAGAUUUACACAUUUUCGUGCUCAUGUUUCCCUCAUACAAAGUUCGAGAACCCAUCCCUUCACCAGUGCCCAUUCUCCACCACCAAUAAACCCAGCAUCCCUCCCACCCUC